AUGUCACGAUCAAGAUUAUCCAUUGUAAAAAACAAUCCAUUUGCUAUUACGAAAACAAAACCACGCAAAAGUAUUUCCCAUUCACGACUUAAAUUUUCUAGUGAAGAACUUGCACGUGAACUUGGACCACAAUAUCAAACAAUUGAUGUUCGUAUUGGUAAUCAAAGAAUGAUAUUAAAUAUUGCUCAAGGAGGUUGGAUACUUGAUGAAACAACAAUCGAAUCUAAAGAUAUGACCGCAUUAGAAAAGCAAAGAUGUGAAUUAGAAAAAGACAAUACUAUUCUUCGUACCAAAUUAGACAUGUUACUUGAAAUGUUAGCUGAAGUUACCGCUGAAGGAGAGCUGCACAAUGAAUCUGAUCAAUAA